AUGUCGGACGCUCAUUGCUACACCCUACCUACUCCACCAGCCGGCGCAAACCCGUACGAGUACUGGAUUGCAGCGACCGAAUCGGUCCAGCGAACGCGAAUGAGUGACAAGAUCGGGCUUGAUGUCCGCCUGUCCAUCCUCUGCGCCCUCCUCACCUUCGUCUUCUUCGCCGCGGUCGCCAAUCUCUGCAUCACAAUCAUUGACAGUCGGCGGAGAGGGAAGGCGCUCUUCCUGUGGAGGUUGGUAGCGCGCACGAGGGGACAGUACAUCGUUGGAAAUCGGCAACUCCUUGAGCCCAUCUUGACAUUGAUCACGACGCCGCUCUUCAUCGCCCAUGUCGCCGUCGAGUGGACCGGUACGCUCGGCUCGGGCGGCGUCGAGAGUGUCGGGGCGCUGAGAGUCACGCCGUGGACUCUGCUGUUCUUGCAGCUGUGGAUCGUCAGCUGGGCGUCGCUGCAGGGCUACAUCAUCACAAGCGGCGAGGCCAGCAGGGGCUUGAGGUGGUUGUCGCCUCGACUUGCCAACUCGAUCUUCCUCGGCGUUGGCCUCAUCAUGCUCGCGGGCCUAAUCGUCUGCGACGUCCUCGCCGCCAGAGCGGCCGUCAAUCAGGACGCAGCCGUCGACCGCCUCAUCGACCAACUCCGCAACCUCGCGCCCAGCUGGUCGGGAAGCAUCGCGCCAGAUGUGAUGGGGACGCUGCAGGCGGGCUGGUCGAGGGUAAUGGGCUACUCGAGCAACGUCCUCACGUACGCGCGUGCCUUGAUGGCUAUCUACGCCAUCUCGCCGUUCUUCACUGCGCUCGUCAAUGCGGCUUGCAUCGCUCUCCUCAUCGUCGUUCGUCAGCAGAUCAAGGAGAAUUAUCGCACUUUCGGCGUUGACACCACGCACUCCGCCCUCGUCCGCCUGCCAGAGCUUCACACCACUCCAGCAACGCUAGAGCGUCAGGAGGAGCUCAUUGUCAACUUCGCUUCGCCGGCUGAUACGGUCUCGGACGCGACGACGAUUCAGCCGCCCGUCUCGCUCAACGUAAUUCCAGCAACGCCGCGCCUCGAGAACGAAUCCUCACCGUCAACGUCGAAGGAAGGAUUGACAUCCUUGGCGGGACACUCGAUGUCGCGCUCGUCCACCUCCCGGCGCACGAAGCCCUCGCGCUCGGCAGUGCGGAGGUGGGCAGGCGAGGAGGCAAGCGGCGUCAAGGCUGUUCGGGCAAGGAACCUGCAGCUUUUGCAUCGCGCCGAACUCGACCUCCUCAUCACUACCCUUUCGAGCAUCGCCAUGGCCGUCUCCUUCAGCGGCCUCUCACUCUGGAUCGUCAUCGAGCUGCCGAACUUCCCCAAGAUGCACAAAGCCGCGAUCGAGAUCACCCUCACCCUCGGCUCGUGGUUGUACGGCCUCAUUGUGGGCUUGACGCUCUCGGCACACUUCUACAUUGCCUACGUCAACCUUGCGCAAAAACACACGGGUGCCAACUACUCUUUGCCCGCCAGCCAACCCGUCACGCCUCUCCGCGACCCGACCGAGUAUUUCGGCGCGACUUGGCUCGACGAGGCGACAUCACAUCGGGGCGGCGACUCCGUCGGCAAUCCAGCAUGGCUGUCGCCAGCGGACGCGCAAGUCAGGCCGGACCAAGACGGGCGAAAGACGCUGGUCGGGGCAGACGGGUCGACGGAGGACGAGAUUAAAAGCGAGACCCGUGGUUCCGCGUAG